UGUGCCAUCAUAUUUUUUUCCAGCACGUGUUAUUUUAUUAUACGGAAACGCAUCAUUUUACAUGUAUGUUAUCACGGAAAUAUUGGUAACCAAAUGCUGCAUGUUUUUUAAUUCAAAAUUAAUAGUAAACAUUUUUCUAAAUUUGUUUGAAACGAGAACGUUAAUAUUUUGAAUCAACUUACAUCGAAAAAGUACCGCUUCAUUGUUUACAGUUUGCGGCAUCAAAUGACAUAAUUGAGUUUAAAUGUUUUGAUACCUAAACAAAAUCUGUGGCAACAUGGUAGGCAAAGUAUUCAAUGGUUUAGCAGUGCAAUUCAAAAUUAAUGGUAAAAUGAUACCAAGUUUGGUUAAAUAAAUGAAAACCUACCGACAGUUUGCAGCAAUUCAAGUUGCAAUUUCUGCGUAUCGAAGUAGAAAAUCGGCUGACUCCCACUUGAUAAGCCGAUGUUGGAGAUAUAUUUUCCUUCUUAAUACUCAUUUUUCAUCGCAACCUAAAUCGACGCUUGUGUUGCAAUUAUCCACGCGUAUGAUAAAAUGAGAUCGUUUAACAGAAGUGCGUAUUGUUUGUUUUUCUAAUGAAGAAUGCUCCCAUUUCAUCAAGAAUGCCCGGUCUAAAUAAUAAUAAAAAACUCUGUCAGUGUUGUAUUUAAGCAUAUUAAAUAUUAUUAAAGAAUUUGUUCAAACUUAGGUUUAUACAAUGAAGAUAUAUUGAUAGGAUACUUUUAAAGAGCUUUUUUCUGUUUGAAAUACACAGAAAUAAGUUUUCUUUGUUUGAUUUUCUAAAAUCUAGCCGGAAGAAAAAUUCCAUUUAGGCCGUGCUACUAAAUAAAAAUAAAAAAUAGCACGAAACAACAAGCUUAGUCGAAGUUGAGUAAAAAAAAAUCAUCAAGGCCACUGAAGCAUUUCAUCCCAACUGUCAACACUUUUGUCACCAUAUUCUCCCUUUUAGCCGCAGAUAAAAGCCUCGCUGUCACAUGGGGUGCACGUAUUGUGGCCUGUUGUCAGUUUGUGGCGCCUGCCUAGUUUCCUUCGCUACAGAAAUUCUUAAGUGAUACAUGAAGUGGUCAUCGUCAACGACAAAUAAGGAUUCGGGUUUCUUUUGGGGUGUUGUGAGUUAGGGCCAUAAAAUGGUGCCUGGUCCUUAAUUAUUUUCUCACACUUAAUCAUCCAACGGGUCUCCUCAAAUUUCAUGAUGAUGUUAUGUCUAUAUGAAAGUUCGGGAGGUUUGUUCUUUGAUGGGUAUUGAAAAUUCCCCACACCUGCAUACCGAUGGCAAAUGAGGGCGAGAGUAUUGACAACAUGUUUUUUAUACUGAUGAACAAUAUCAGUGUUCUCCACGACCUGUUUUUAGAACUAAAUUCGAUUGUUUGAUCCAAGCACAAAGGUAAUAAAAAACGGCGCAUAGAACACCUCGCAUGUCUCUGGCAUAGCGUGUAAUGCUUUUAUCAAGUUUGGUCUGUAAAUUCCACCUCCCCCUCUCAUGGAUUUUUUUCGGGUGCACUUUUUUACUAGCAUCAGAUUUCAAUAAAUUCAACAUCUGUGUAAUUUUUUUUCACAUAUUAGUCUUAUUUAAUUGAGAUAAAAUUGGUAGGUAAUUGAACUAUCCUUUAUUUUUAAAUGUGACAUUGACAGUAAUUAUUAUUUGACAUUAACAGUAAAACAGUAACAAAUACUACCCGAACAAAAAAAAUAAAAAAAGUUCUGAAAACCACUUAUAAAGGUGACACUAAUGCUAAAACAACACCAAAUCAAACAACCGAAAACGACAAUAAUAAUAACAGUAAUGCCAGAACGCGUCAACCCGCCCUGUGCGCGGGUGUCAAAAUAUCACGAUGUAUCAUAUAAACUUUUGGCACCGCCAAUUAAUUCAACGUGAGAUAACCACCUUUCCCUGUCAGGAGGCGACAACAAAGAAGCGUCCAUUAGUGCUAUACUCGAGCUUUCAUCGUAUCUCCAACAAUGGCGGUCUGAAAGAAAGGUGUGAUCGUCUCAAGUUGGUAAUAAUAUGCCGACUUGAUACUUGACGGUCGUCGUGCUCGCUGACAAAUUUGCAGCAUGAUCUGUGCAGUAGUGCACAGUUGAAAAAAGGUCUCAUACAGAUCGAGGAAUACUGCAUGAUCAACAGUAGGACUACUAUCAAAAAUACAGGGCCGCCUCAAGGAUUCGGUGCUUUUCCCUCUCAGGGCAGAAUGCUCCCCGGGAGAGAAGGUGCUACCAAUGACAAGAACAUCAAGAUUAGCCUGGAGAACAGGGACCUCUGGGAGAAAUUCAACAGCUUGGGGACAGAGAUGAUCAUCACCAAAACCGGGAGACGCAUGUUCCCGACUUUCAAAGCCAGCUUAUCCGGCCUCGACCCCCACGCUAAGUACAUCCUCCUAGUGGACAUCAUCCCCGUGGACGACUGCCGCUACAAGUACCACAACUCCGAGUGGGUGGUCACGGGGAAGGCCGAGCCUCACAUGCCGGGGAGAUUGUAUAUUCACCCGGAUUCCCCAUCUUCCGGAGCGCACUGGAUGAAGCAGUCGGUCUCUUUCCACAAACUCAAGCUGACGAAUAAUAAUAUGGACCAGAAUGGCCAUAUAAUCCUGAACUCCAUGCACAAGUAUCAACCUCGCGUACAUGUGGUUCAGGCCAAUGACAUCUUUUCCAUGAGGUGGACCUCCUUCAGCACGUACUCUUUCGAAGAAACCACCUUCAUAGCUGUGACAGCGUAUCAAAACGAACAGAUUACUCAGCUCAAGAUUGACAACAACCCAUUUGCGAAGGGCUUCAGAGAUAAUGGGCUUGGCCGACGAGACAACAAACUCCAAUUAAAGAGACUAUCUAUUGUAGACUCAUCAGAUUCGGAUAACGAUAAAGACGCACAAGACAGAAAGCGUCACAAGCUGGACACGUUGGAGUGCAACAACAACAACCCGAGUGGUGUACUAUCCCCAGUAGAUUCGACAACUAAAAAAGACAGCGAAUUUUCCAGCCCAACUGCCGCGUCUGAGCCCAACGGCUUUAAGGACAGUGUGCAACCGAAGGCAAGAAGUAUGUCUAGUCCCCACAACAACCCUUUUCUAAGUCAAAGUUCAGCAAUGAGUUUCACGCCAGUUCCACAGUCUUUGACCUCGUGCCGGAUCCCAGCAGACGACAGAAUGUUCUUCCCGCCAGGAAUGUCUUUACCAGCUUCCAGCAUGUUCCACCAACCCACCAGCAGCCCCAAUCUCCUCCAGCCGGUAACGACGGCCAUUUCUUUCAGUCAACGAGGCGUUAUUCCUUCAUACAGUAGCGCGUGCGCGUUUGCUCAGUCGACGGCGGCGAUGUACGGCAUGGCGUCCACGCCCCCGCCCGCUCACUCCGCGCUCCCGUCAUGCACGUACGUGAGGAGUCAACCCUUCCCAGCUCACGGAGCAGGCAUCAACGGCUCAAAUGGAACGCCCUCACUAGCAAGAUGAGCGAGGAAAACCAUUUGAAAAAAAUUCUCAAGUCGAAAACCUAACACUCCCGACGAAAGCGCCGCCACUAGGUUGGUCUUGGUGUUUGUGAACUGCAAAAUAAGUCUGUCCCACUUGAAAAGUGCAAUACAUGACCGACGCAAAGGCAAAGCGGUGUCUCAGGGACUUUUCUUUUCUUCCGCGGACUGAAACAGAUAAAGUGGUCUGUAGAAAGCUGAUAACAUGGCAUGGACACAAGGCUUAAGCCGACCGACAAAUGUUAUGUCAACGGACUAGUCGUUAACUGUAUGUCUUUUGCACAUUGUUUUUAACUCGAGAUAAUUAAUUGUUAACGCACCACCGUGGAUUUUUCAUCCUGCAAUCCUGUAUAUUUACAUCAUAUAUUUCACUAUUUCAGUCUAUUUACAUCAAUAUGUAAAUUACCUCAUCUUUCUGGUUACAUACUCAUGUGCCGUGGACAGUUGUUUUUAAAAGGUUCUCAACUGCUUUCAGUAAACCUCUGUAACAUUGAAUCUAGUCAGAAAACCAAAGACGGCAAAUUUCCCCGCAACAUUUGUGCUUUUUCAGUCAAAAUAUGAAGUUGUUGUUCGUAAAAUGAAUGCAGUGUAUUUUCAACACAUAACGAUAAUAAAUUAUUUGAAUAGAA